AUGGUUGAAGCAAAUCUGGGUCCAUUCGUCCAAUAUACAGCAUACUCUGACCUCAAAGACUUCAACAUCUCGACGCUGGAAGUUCUGGACCUUCUUUCACCAUCGCAGAAGGCUGAUCUGAUCCUAGAUCCAAACAGUGGUGCCUUAAACGAUGCACAUGUUGUAAGGGAGGUGUUGACGAGCUUGACGGAGACCAGUGAUUUUGAGCAGCUCAAAGAAUUUUUCGGGGCUUUUGCAAACAUCAACAAGCAGAGAAAUGUCACCCUCAUCCAAAAUCCAGAUGUGCGAGACACCAUUUUGAACCUGACCUUGACAGCCCUUGCUCCUCAGCUUAAAGACUUUCAGCCACAAGACUAUCAACAGUGGUUCCAGGUUUAUUUGGUUCCUGUGAUGGCGAGCAUCCUUCCUAGCAGCUUGCGGGUGAUCCCCAGUAACAUCACCUGUGAAUCCUACCAGGCUGUAUACAAUGGUCUUGAGCAGAGUUUGGAAGCAUUGCCACUGGACCUUUCACAGGGCGUGAGAUCAAGCGAGCAGUACCUCCAGGACACAUUCCCACGUUGCUCAGUUCCAGCUUCCUUUGUGUGCAAGGUGACCCCAGUUCAUGUGAAUCUCAUUUGUGAUGCAGCUGAUGGUUCAAAACUUGAACAGAUCCUAUCAGCUGGCAAUUCCUCUGCAGCCCUGUGCAAUUUCACCAUCACAGAACAUGCCUGUUCCUCUGCUGCCUAUCUCACAUCCAGCAACUUGCCCACACUGCUGAACUGCACACUGAAAAGCCAAAACAUAUACCCGGUAGAAGUCUGGAAGCUUUUCUUCCAAAAAGCUUCUGCUGUACUGGACCAGGCCCUUGAGACAUUUGCUAACAUGGCCAGCAACAACACCUACCCGACCUCAUCAAAUGUGCUCGAGGCUCUUGGAGAAGUGAGAAUUGACAACUUCAGCCAUGUACAACUACAGAGCGAGAAGUUCAUUACCAGCUGGUUCCAGACAAAGAUCCGUCCGUUUCUGGCCGCUCCAUCUUUCAACUUCCUAUUUUGCCUUAGCUCCCAAAACUUCAGCUGCCAGACAUACCAGAUUGUCAUUCAGGCAUUUGGAAGCCAAAAGGCAUCCAUGGACAGAGACAAACAGCAAGCAGUCUUCACUCACUUCAUCAAACCUUUCCUGUCAAGAAAUGACUCAACAGAUCCUGGCUGUGUCUCAUCUAUCACGGGGAGCCAAGAGUGGCUAAAGGCAAACCUUGGCAAGUUCUCUGAUUAUGCAACUCUGCAGGACUUGCAAGCCUUCAAUCCGAAUUUAUCCACUGCUGAAUUGUUGUCAGUCCUCAGUCCUUCUCAGGUGGCACAGCUGCUACUGAGCUCUAGAGCCUCCAAUAACACAGAUUUGAUUGAUCGUGUGUUUGAGCGACUGGAAGAGGGCAACGCUCUGGAAAAUGUGGAUGAAUUCCUCACACAACUGAAAGCCAGUGAACAGAUCCCAGAUUUCCAGCCUGUUGUGAGAGAUCGGGUCAUGAAUAGGACCUUCAUCAUCAUCAGUCCACAUUUCUCCAGCUUCACGACAAAGGACUUUGAAAUUUGGUUCCAAGUGAAACUGAUUACCAUCCUUGCAAGUUUUACUCCAGAAAUGCUCAAAAAUACAACCACAAACAUCAGCUGCACAAACUACCAAGUCAUUGUGAGUGGGAUGGCUUCAGUUAUCCAGGAGAUGCCACUGUACAGACGACAAGAGAUCACACAUGUUCUGCUGGGCUACCUAAGAAGUACUGAAAAUGCCAUCAAUGAGACAGCUUGCAGGCAACAAAAUGACAGUGAUACCCAAUGGCUUGAAGCAAAUCUGGGUCCAUUCGUCCAAUACACAGCAUACUCUGACCUCAAAGACUUCAACAUCUCGACGCUGGAAGUUCUGGACCUUCUUUCACCAUCGCAGAAGGCUGAUCUGAUCCUAGAUCCAAACAGUGGUGCCUUAAACGAUGCACAUGUUGUAAGGGAGGUGUUGACGAGCUUGACGGAGACCAGUGAUUUUGAGCAGCUCAAAGAAUUUUUCGGGGCUUUUGCAAACAUCAACAAGCAGAGAAAUGUCACCCUCAUCCAAAAUCCAGAUGUGCGAGACACCAUUUUGAACCUGACCUUGACAGCCCUUGCUCCUCAGCUUAAAGACUUUCAGCCACAAGACUAUCAACAGUGGUUCCAGGUUUAUUUGGUUCCUGUGAUGGCGAGCAUCCUUCCUAGCAGCUUGCGGGUGAUCCCCAGUAACAUCACCUGUGAAUCCUACCAGGCUGUAUACAAUGGUCUUGAGCAGAGUUUGGAAGCAUUGCCACUGGACCUUUCACAGGGCGUGAGAUCAAGCGAGCAGUACCUCCAGGACACAUUCCCACGUUGCUCAGUUCCAGCUUCCUUUGUGUGCAAGGUGACCCCAGUUCAUGUGAAUCUCAUUUGUGAUGCAGCUGAUGGUUCAAAACUUGAACAGAUCCUAUCAGCUGGCAAUUCUCUGCAGCCCUGUGCAAUUUCACCAUCACAGAACAUGCCUGUUCCUCUGUAA